GAGGAAACUGAGGAAACUUUACUGAUAAGUGAUACGAAACGAUACUCUUGAUUAAACAUUGAUAGUGCCUUGUAAGCAUCGAAUAAAUUUACAUACUUUCUUAAAGAGUUAAAUCGAUUGGACAAACGUUGGCUUAUAUGCAACUGGUUAUACGAUGAGUUUGUUAAAAUUAGCGGAUUUUGCUUUAGUCAAAGCAUUGACGAAUCCUAAUAAUGGUUCAGUCAUACUGAAUCUAUCGCGUGCCUCAUCGCAUUUUGUGUAUACACCGGAUUCUAAAGCACCGGUGAAAGGGGCGACCCGGAAGAUGAAUAUGUUCCAGGCUAUUAAUGAUGCGAUGGACAUUGCUUUGGAUCAGGAUUCAUCGGCGCUGGUGUUCGGAGAAGAUGUUGCCUUUGGAGGCGUUUUUCGUUGUUCGAUGGGUCUGCAAAAAAAGUUUGGAAAAGAACGUGUUUUCAAUACUCCACUCUGUGAGCAGGGAAUAGCAGGAUUUGCAAUCGGUGUGGCCAGCACUGGGGCGACCGCCAUUGCCGAGAUUCAGUUUGCUGACUACAUCUUCCCUGCGUUUGAUCAAAUUGUAAAUGAGGCAGCUAAAUACCGGUAUAGAAGUGGAAACCUCUUCGAUUGUGGCUCUCUUGUGUUCAGGGCUCCUUGUGGAGCCGUUGGUCAUGGUGCAUGCUAUCACUCGCAGAGCCCUGAAGCGUACUUUGCUCACACACCUGGACUUAAGAUAGUUGUGCCACGCGGACCAAAUAUGGCGAAGGGAUUACUUCUAUCCUGCGUAAAGGAAAAGGAUCCAUGUAUCGUGUUGGAACCGAAAACCCUUUAUCGGGCUGCCGUUGAAGAGGUUCCCGAAGAAGCCUUCGAGUGUCCCAUUGGAAAAGCUGAUAUACUGAAAGUUGGUACUGACGUAACUCUAAUCGGUUGGGGCACGCAGGUUCAUGUGUUACUGGAAGUGGCAAAUAUGGCAAAACAACAAUAUGGAAUCAACUGCGAGGUCAUCGAUUUGGUGUCCAUACUUCCUUGGGAUAAGGAGACGAUUUGCAACUCGGCAAAGAAAACAGGUCGAGUUUUGAUUUCUCACGAGGCCCCACUUACCAAUGGAUUCGGAGCCGAGCUAGCUGCAACCAUACAGGAAGAAUGUUUUCUUCAUUUAGAGGCCCCGAUUACUCGUGUUACUGGUUGGGAUACUCCUUUCCCACACGUUUUCGAACCGUUCUAUAUUCCCGAUAAAUAUCGCUGUUUGGCGGGAAUUAAGAAAUUAGUAGACUAUUGAGGGUAACGGAUACGUUUCAUUAAAAAAUCAACAUUUGUCUUCCCCAUUGGCCAAACAGUGCCAACAGUGACUCUUCACUUUAAAAUUUCAGGGAUAUAUUUUGCAUUUAUUCGGUUAAGGACUAAGAAAUAGCUAUAAGAAACAUGUAAAAAUUUCAAGUACAGCUUUAGGAUCUGAAUAAAAACAAAAAAGGAAA